AUGGAUUUUGGGAUACAAAAACUGAAUGAAAAAGCAAUGGACGAUGAAUUAAGAUUAAUAAUAGAAACAGCAAUCCCUUUUGUUUUGCCGGCAACAAUUCAAUUAAUGUUUUUUGUUUAUUUUACAAAUUUAGCUAAGGAUGUUAGAAAAUCAAAACCUGUUGAAGCUUUUUUUGGUGUUAUAAGUGUUUCAAGUACAAUGCCUUUUUUAAUUCUUGCAGAUGCUUUUUUAUUGCUUGGUGCUUGGAGAAUGACAGACCCGAGGUGGUCUUUAGAACGUCGAAUGGGGGUUACAAUGAGUGAUGCUGGGGCUUCGAUAACUGUUACUUCUUUAACUAAUUUUGGAUGUUUUGCUCUCGGUUAUUUUUUAUCUCCAACCCCAGCAGUAGCUGAUUUUUGUAUUAUGACAGCUGUGGGUGUUGCUAUGGAUUAUUUUUAUCAAAUAACCUUUUUUGCCUCAAUAAUGGUUUAUGGAGGAAUGCGUGAAGAAAAAGGGGGAAUGGCUGCUUAUUUUAAGUAA